AUGCCACCCAUUGGCCUGCCCAAGUCGCAACGGGCCAUCAAGGUCAGUGUAGAUGGUGGGGCCACGACAAGCGAAGGUGACCUGCCUCAAGUUGGCGACGAAGAAGUGCUAGUCCGUGUGGUCUGCGUGGCCCUCAACCCGGUCGACAGCAAGUCGGUCGAAAUGUCGCCUACACAUGGAGCGACGGUGGGCUGUGAUUUCGCCGGAGAGGUCGUGCAGAUGGGCAAGGCCGUCUCGACCGUCACAUUGGGAGCACGGGUCUGUGGAUGCGUCUUCGGUAACAAUCCAAUGAGGCCUGAUAACGGAGCGUUUGCAGAGUACGUCGCGGUCCCCGCGCGGCUGGUGCUGGUGGUUCCACCCACCAUGUCAUACCAGAGUGCGGCCACGCUCGGUGUUGGUCUUGCGACGGUCGGACUGGCGCUGUAUCAGGCGAUGAGGCUGAAGUGCACGCCUUCAGCACCGGCGAAGAAAGGAUUCCCAGUGCUCGUGUCAGGAGCGGGGACAGCCACAGGCGCGUUGGCCACUCAAAUCCUCACGCUAUCUGGUUUGCAGCCCAUCGUGACCAGCUCGCCGGGCAGUUUCGACCGGCUGCGUCGUUUGGGGGCCGUGGCGACGUUCGACUAUCAGUCUCCCACGUGCGCCAGCGACAUUCGCGAAUACACAGCCAAUGAGUUAGGAUGUGCUCUGGAUUGCCACGUUGACUCCGGUUCCAUGACCAUUUGCUACAAUGCGAUCGGUUCGGAUGGUGGCAGAUACGUAGCAUUGAAUCCGUUCCCUCUUCGCCUGCAUCGACGACGUAGCGUGCAGCCAGGAUGGGUUUUCAUGUUCACCCAAUUCGAUCAAACGAUCCCCUGGAAGCGACCUUACUACCGCGAUGAAAGACCGCAGGACUACAGGUUUGCCACAGGCUGGUACGAAGAAAUGCAAGAAUUGUUGGAGGCUGGCACACUCGUGCCCGGUCCCUACAUCGAACAGACCGGGGGACUUGACGCCAUUGUCCGCGGGCUGGAAGCAAUGGGCAGGGGUGAAAUUCGGGGACGAAAGUGGGUUUAUGCCAUUGGGAAAGAAUAG